AUGAUGCUGCCUUUCGAGCUUCGUUUUACGGCAUCGUACAUAUCCGACAUUAUUUCUAAGGACAAUUACUGCCUGGAUAAACUGAAGAAGAUUCUGGAUUCUUUGUUUCACGAUUCGGAUUUUAGCGAUAACAAACAUGACCUUACGCAGCAGUCCAAUAGAAGCGCUAUAAUUCUUGCUUUAGCGCUGUUGGAACCGAACCAAGAUGAAACAGCAGAAUUUAUUUUCCGGAUUCUUUUGUCCAUGAGUACCGUGUUUCACGAUCUCCCUAAGAGCAGUGAAGUGGUAGAUGAAAUGCUGUUGCUGUUUACUUUGGCGAAACAUCACCCAGCUUUUGGAUUCGAUCAGCGCAUUGCCUUGAUGAACCUCUACUCCCGAGUGGUGCAGUUCUUAUUAUCCUCUGUGUAUGCGCUGGAGGCUGGCCACAUCACUACCGCGGCUAAGAUCGAACUCGAAUCAGUGUCAUCAAGCAGCGUCUUAGAGGAUGCAGUUGAUGUCGCGUCUUCACCUUCGGUUCGCAGUUUCGUUGACAGCGCCGUACAGACCGACAUCACGUUGAAAGAUAACGUGUUCGGUGGACAAGCGCAUACUCGAUCAAAGGACUUCUUAUCGGAACUGUCGUUCAUAGCCGGUCAGUCAGUUUCGAUAGCCGCCUAUCCCUUUGGGUUGCCGAGACAACAGCCUCAGACGGUAUCUGCAUUGUAUCCUGAAUCAGCGCUUGAGAUUCGGCAGAAGAUAACUCGCGUCGAAUUACCUACCCCAGAUCAUUCUUGGCCUUUCCCGGGGUUUUCAUUCGGUGGUUUGAGCAAACUUUAG